AUGGCCCCAAAAGGAAAGAAGGUUGAGCGCAAGGAGGAGAACAUCUCUCUCGGUCCUCAGAUCCGUGAAGGUGAACUCGUUUUCGGUGUUGCUCGCAUUUUCGCGUCUUUCAACGAUACCUUCGUCCAUGUGACCGAUCUCAGUGGUCGGGAAACCAUCGUCCGUGUCACCGGUGGAAUGAAGGUCAAGGCCGAUCGUGAUGAGUCCUCACCAUACGCUGCUAUGUUGGCUGCUCAAGAUGUUGCUGCCCGCUGCAAGGAGGUCGGCAUCACAGCCCUUCACAUCAAGAUCCGUGCUACCGGAGGUAACGGAACCAAGACUCCCGGACCUGGCGCCCAGUCAGCUCUCCGUGCCCUUGCUCGUGCCGGUAUGAGGAUUGGACGCAUCGAGGAUGUUACUCCUACACCCUCUGACAGCACCCGCAGAAAGGGUGGUCGUCGUGGUCGCCGUCUUUAG